AUGAGGAGUGCUCAGCUGGACGAGUUCCGAGCGAACAAGUCCCGGAAGUGGGAGCUCAGGGACAUCUUUGGGUAUAUUGUAGAGUUCAGUGGAGAUCAGCACGGGUCGCGCUUCAUCCAGCAGAAACUGGAGUCAGCCACCAGCGAGGAGAUGGAGAUUAUCUUCGACGAGAUCGUUCCGCAGUACGCCAUUCAGCUGAUGCAGGACGUCUUUGGCAAUUACGUCGUCCAGAAGAUGUUCGAGUACGGGACCUCAGCCCAGAAGGCUCGCCUCGUCGCGACAAUGGAGGGCCAGAUCCUCGGCCUCUCAUUGCAGAUGUACGGGUGCCGAGUUGUACAGAAGGCGAUCGAGCACAUUCUGCCUGAGCAGCAGGUGUUGUUCGUGCAGGAGCUCGGUCCGAACGUCCUCCGGUGCGUGAAGGACGCCAACGGCAACCACGUUAUUCAGAAGCUCAUCGAGCACGUUGCACCGGACCGCCUCGCUUUCGUGACCGCCUUCCGCGGCAGCGUCUACGACCUCUCUACCCACCCUUACGGGUGCCGAGUUCUUCAGCGGUGUUUCGAGUACAUGCCGGAGGACCAGACACGGCCGCUUCUUGACGAGUUGCACAAGUACGUGCCGAACCUCAUGAUCGACCAGUUCGGGAACUACGUCGUGCAGUUCGUGCUCGAGCACGGGAGGCCCCAGGACCGCGCGAUGAUCAUCUCCAAGCUUACCGGCCAGAUGUACAACAUGGCGAAGCACAAGUUCGCGUCGAAUGUGUGCGAAAAGGCUCUGGUCUGCGCGGAUCCUGAGAGCCGCCGUCAGUUGAUCGACGAGAUCAUGACUCCCAAGCAGGACGGUUUGAGCCCGAUCAUGGGCCUCAUGAAGGACUCCUUCGGAAAUUACGUCCUGCAGCGGGCACUGACUGUUGCGGACGCCGACCAGAAGGAGCUCCUGAUCAGCAAGGUGCGGCCGCACUUGGUCAACAUGCGGCGGUACUCGAGUGCCUACAGCAAGCACCUCUCAGCUAGUACGUACACCUGCGGUAUUGUCAUGACGUGUUUGACUAAUAAUCGGAGUUCAGUCGAGCGACUCAUCGAGAAGUGCUCGUCAACCGACGGUACUCAACCCGAGGCAGUCGAGCCGUCGUCUUAG